AAGUAGCUAAGUUUGUUGAUGAAAAAAACUCUUCGAAUGGCUAUUAGGAAACAAAGUUUGUUGAGUGAAAGGUCAUGGCAAAAUAUAUUAUUUUUAGAUCCAAUCCAUCAGGAGACUGUCUAUACAGCUCAGCAUCGUUGGUAUUGGGUGCUGCAGUACUUCAAAAAUGGCACACAAAAUAACAUUGUAGAUCCAACUAGUGAUAAAAAAUGGCUGAGAAAAAAAGCUGAGAAACUUGGAAUUUUGUUAUCACCGGGGAAGACGAAUAAUGGGAAGACGAAUAAUGGAAAUAUCAUUAUCCAAUGCCCAGAGGUGUUAAGGAACGAAAUAGGUCAUCCGAAAAACGCAGCUGGAUGGACAAAAGACAUCACGAAUUUGCCAAAAAUAACAAUAUACCAAAUCGAACAGUACCAUAAAAUAAUCAAUGACCUGGUAUUAGAAAAGUCUCUCAAAAUUAAAAAACCAUUUACUCGGGGUGCACAAUUCCUGGAAGAAAAUUUUAUUGAAAGGUGUGUGUGGUGCAAGCUUGAAGAAAGCAGAUAGAUGGAUUUUUGUUGCCAUUGAUAAAUUAUCAAAUGAAAUCUUGUAUUGUUUUUGCCAAUGUCCAGCUGGAAAGGUGGGAACUUGUUCUCACGCUUACGCUUUGAUGAAGUUGUUGACUAAAUGGGUCCUGGAUAACUUAAAAAUUAUUCCAGAACCGAAAGCAUGCACAUCAAAGGCCUGUGAGUGGUCAGUUCCUCAGAGUAGAAAUCGUGUUGAUAAAGUCCCAAUAUAGGAUAUAACCAUCACUUCCCCAGUUUCAAAACGAAGAAAUACAAAUGAGGAUACAGAAUACAAAAAGCGCAGUGGAAUUAAAACGACAUUGUAUGAUGCUAGAGCCGACCAUACAAAACAUGAGCCAGCUUAUAAUUUGGAAGUUUUUUUGAAUAGCGACAAUCAGAAUAGCAAUAAUCAUGCUAAGAAAAUCAUAAAUCGUAAUCCGCUUCUGUUUACAGAUACAGUGUAUGGAGUAAUGCCGAUUGGUUCUACUUUAUCGCAUCAAUGUUCCCCAAUGCCAGCUGAUUUCGCUGCAUAUUCUAGCAUUUCUACAGUCACAGGAAACCUAACUGAAUAUAACCUUAUCCAAGUUUUCCUUUUAAUUCAAUUAAAUACAUGCUUGAUGAAUACUUAAAAAGUGAAAUAUGUGAGGAAAAAUUGGCCAUAUUGAAUGAAUUAAGGUCACAUUCUGCACAUGCUGUAGAAAUCGAAGUUAAUACGCGUGACCAAGCAAGAGAUGCGAAUUGGUUUAUGUACCGCAAAAACAGAUUCACAGCAUCUAAUUGUAAUAAAAUUGGUGAUCUAACUAAAAAAACUGAGAAGGGGAUCAAAACUAUAGCUCAUAACAUUGUAUUUGGUGACAAAAAUGAGAAAAACAAAGUUGUGCAAAUGAAAAUGAGAUAUGGCAAAUUUUUUGAGCCCAUCGCCAUCCAAGCAUAUGAAAAAUUUAUGCACCUAUCGGGUUGGAAGAUUUCUGUUGAUCAAUGUGGAUUAGUUAUUGAUUCGCAAAAUUUUGUUUUGGGUGCCACUCCUAACCAUAUACAUAUGCUACCAAGUCUGAUGUACAUAAAGUUUAUCCAUGUAUUGAAUGUAUUGCUUAUCGUACCUUCUGAUGCAUUGAAUAUGUAUGAAAAAUGAAUAAUUCCAAAAUUCCGUCUCAAUUUUACAAGUGUCAGCACGAAACUUUC